ACUAACUUGUCCAAUAGGGGGCAGUGAUGACGCAGUGCAGUUUCACAGGAAAACAGCAUCCUUUAUAAGUCAGGCAUUUAUUCGGUGUACAGCCUGCCGGAAAACAUUGGUCUUGGCUACCAGUCACAAUGGGACUGCUCACUGUUGUUGCUGUAGCUGCAGGAGCAGGUGGGGCUGUGCUGUCUGCUCCUCUUGUGCUCGGAGCUGUUGGCUUCACCUCAGCUGGGAUUGCUGCUGGCUCCUAUGCAGCCAGCAUGAUGUCAGCUGCUGCCGUUGCUAACGGUGGAGGGGUGGCAGCUGGAAGCGCGGUGGCUGUUCUGCAGUCAGCCGGAAUGGCCGGUUUGGGAACCGCUGCUACUGCGGCCGUGGGGAGUAUUGGAGGAGCUGUGGGAGCCCUGGUCGCACUCAUCUGAG